AGCUGCAGGUUAGGUCUGAAAUACUAUGCAGGGCGCUGUGCUUGAAACAAGACCGUGAAGUACUUGUUGUACGGAUAAGGGUAACAAAAACAAACAUUUAGUAAAGAUGGGUCGGCACUCAUCAGACAGUGAGGAAGAUAGCAGGAGCCAUCGCAGAAAGAAGCAUCGCCGACGAUCUUCCAGCAGUUCCUCAGGAAGCAGGGUAACAAGCAGGAAAAAGUCUGGGAGAACAAAAUCCAAGUCAAGAUCUCCGUCUCCUUCACGCACCAGACGACGCAGACGGCGGUCCAGCAGCAGCUCUUCCUAUGAGUCCAGGAAGAAACGAAGCAGCCGGAGCAGGUCUGCUGAGCGAAAAAGGGCUUGCAGGUCUCGAAGAUCUGGGUCAAGAAGCCGAGCAAGAAGGUCUCGUUCCAGACAUCGGUGGUCACGGAGUCGCAGCAGUGGAAAGUCCAGCCGGAAGAGGAGCCGCAGUCACAGCAAGACGAGAGACAGAAGCCGAAGAAAAGCCAGAGAGAAGGACAGGGGAAGAGACCGAGACCGGGAUAGAGACAGAGACAAAGAAAGAGGCAAGGGGAGGGAGUCUCGCUCUGACAAGCAAGGGGACUCUGGACACAUCAAAGCAGCAUUAGAACAUCUGACUCCUGCUGAACAGGUCAAAGCUAGACUACAGAUGGUCCUCCAGGCUGCAGCUGAAACUGAUGACGUUUUAAAAGCGAAGGAGAAGAAGGAGGAGGAGGCGAGGAAGAAGAAAGAAGAAGAACAAAGCACACUGGCAGAACAAGUGAAGAGAGUCAAAGAUAUUGAAGCCAUAGAGAGCGACUCCUUUGUUGCACAGGUUUUCACAUCAAGCAGAGAUAAUAAGAAGUCAACCGAAUCUACAGAAAGCGGGCAGGACCUAGCAUCCACAGUGUUGUCUGCCUAUGAUGAUGAACAGGAUCUCCCCAGUAUCCCUACAGCUAUCCAGUACCAGGAGAACGACUCGCUGGCCCACCCCAGUUUAUUUAUUGACAAGGCAGAAGCAGAGGAGAAGUGGCUCCACAGAUUAAUCACUCUUCGCCAGGAGAGGCUGAUGGGAAGCCCUGUGCCGUGAACAGCUGCAUAUCAAUGCUUAAAACAGGAUGCAAUGAUUUGAUCAUGAGAAAUGUUUUUUCACAUUUGCUUGUUAUUGCUCGGAUGAAUUUUGGUAUCUUAAAUGUGAACUGAAAAAAAAUAAAUAAAAAAAAAAAUUUAAAAAAUUAA